CGCCUGCGCAGCCGCGGGAGGCGGGGUGCUGGUGCUGUGUGGAGCCUGGCUUGUUGUUGUUGUCGUCCCAGACCCGGAGGCUUCUCAGUUGCCGCCGUGCCGCGUCGCCAUGUCCUGUCCUCAGGAGCCGCCGCAGCACAACAACAACAACAACCCCCCGGCCGAGGGGGCGCCCGCCGAGCCGGGCCUCAACAGUUCCUGGGUGGAGUUACAGAUGAACGGCAAUGGCAAUAGCAAUGAUAAUGCCAGUGGGAAAAAUGGGGGCCUGGAACAUGUCCCUUCGUCAUCCUCUAUCCACAAUGGAGACAUGGAAAAAAUCCUUCUGGAUGCCCAGCACGAAUCAGGACAGAGUAGUUCAAGGGGUAGUUCGCACUGUGACAGCCCUUCCCCUCAAGAAGAUGGACAGAUAAUGUUUGAUGUGGAAAUGCACACGAGUAAGGACAAUAGUUCUCAGUCUGAAGAGGAAGCAGUAGAAGGAGAGAAAGAAGUGGAAAUUUUGAAGAAAAGUGCUGACUGGGUUUCAGACUGGUCGAGUAGGCCUGAAAACAUUCCUCCCAAGGAAUUUCACUUCAGACAUCCUAAACGUGCAGUAUCUUUAAGUAUGAGAAAGAGUGGAGCUAUGAAGAAAGGUGGCAUUUUCUCUGCGGAGUUUCUUAAGGUUUUCAUUCCAUCUUUGUUUAUAUCUCAUGUUUUGGCUUUGGGACUAGGCAUCUACAUUGGAAAACGACUGACCACACCUUCAGCCAGCACUUAUUGAGAGAAGCAGAUGGCAAAACUUGGAAAUCCACGUGACCUGUGAAGAUGUUAUUGUCACAUUAGUACAUUUGAACUUGAGACCAUUUUAAGCAUGACCCCAGCCCCGCCCUUUCUUUACAUAUCCAGGUUCCAGUAACUCUUGGAAUUCAGUAUUGUAUUGGAACUCUGUUGAGGUGUUUGACUACCCACCUUCUCUCCCCCCACCCUUUUGGCCUGCAAAACACGUCAGUUGCCUAACAGACUUUACAAUUGUCUAUACAUUGCAAGGGCUUCUUUCAGUACAAAAUUCCACCAGCAAAUUAUUAUUUUAUCAGUGAUGCUGUUGCCUCCUCUAGUACAACCUGACUUAAAUCUGCAAAUGCUCAUGGAAUAAAUGUUGACUGUAUUCUAACAAUUGCCAAUCUCUUUAAAAGAAACUGAAGGUUGGUUACAGUAAAAGUGAGUCUUUGUUUUUAGAAAACUGUUGGCUGUAAAUCAAACUAAAAAAUCAUUGGCAAUAAAGAAUAAAUAAAUUUUAAAACCAGCUUUUUGGGUAAUUUACUAACACCCUAUUUUGGCCAUGACUUUUAGUUUGCAGAAGGCAAAGACUGCACAAAACAUAAAGCAUGAUAAUAACUUAGUCAUCAGCAUAUGUUAAUACUAGAUAAUUGUCAUAAUCUUGUCUUUUCUAUGAAGUAGGCACCUUGUUUCUGAUAGGAAAAUCUAACGCCUAGAAAAUGUUAGAGGAAUUGCGUUGUUUGCAUGUGAAGAAGCUUUUAUUUUCCUUUAGCUUUUUCCUUACUGGAAAAUUGUAAGUGUAAAGUUUUCCUUUAUAAAAGCAGUUUGAAUGCAAAUAUUUUUGGUGUAUUUAGACGAGGGGUUUCCAAACUUGGUUCGUGGCUUGUUCGGGGUAAGCCCCUGGCGGGCCGCGAGACGCUUUGUUUACCUGAGCUUACUGGGAGCUGCAAACGGCCAUACCUGCGGACGCUCAGGUAAACAAAGCGUCUCCCACCCCGCAAGAAGCUUACCCUGAACACGCCACGAACCAAGUUUGGAAACCCCUGAUUUAGACACUCUGUAAAAAGGGGAGUCUCCUGAAACCACCUACAAUGAUAAAGAUAUGGUGGUUUCAGUAGGUACUCAAAGCAUUUGAUCUGCUGUUGGGAACAGUCUUGCAGUUGUGUAAAGAAGCACAAGUGGUAAAUAUCUGAAAUGAUGUCUCCUUUAGUGAAGUUUUCAAUAUUCCCAUUUCUCAUUGUUUACUGUACAGUCUCCCUUGGGGAUAAUGUAGAUCCUAAGGUCACUAGUGACGUCUCAUGUAGCUAGGUAGAAUUCUCACUAAUGUUGAACUUUUAUCUUUGGGAACACUCAGUCUUGUCCUCCUUCAGUGACACUUUUUUCAAAAUGUGAAGCUUUAGUACCAAAUUGUUACAAAGCAUCAGGACAUAGCCUUGUCCUUAAGUAGAUUUUAUUGGAUUUCAAAACAUGUAGCAUGACUCUGAAGGAUAGAAUACUCUGUUUUAUAUAUAUAUAUAUAUAAAUAAUAUGAUAUAGACUUUAAUACUAAAUAUUUAGGGAACCAAUGUUAAUUUUAAAACUAGCAAAAUCUCAUUUAAAUAGAAAAUGCAUUAGGCUGACUUGUAGAAAAUGUUAAGAAAAUCUGGUCAGCAAGUUUGGAAGAGAAAACUACCUUAAAUUUUCUGCUUGCAUCAGAUAAAGUUGAUGAUUUGGUAUAUCAGCGAUAGUUCAAUACAGUUCAAGCAUGGAGGCUAAUUCCUAGUUGAGGUUUGCUUUAAAAAAGGCACCUCAGGAAGCAAAGAGGCUAAGUAUGAAAUCCAUUUCUAAAAUGUGUUCAUUUUAUUCUCCACUUCUCACAGCCGUUAGGAGAAGGUUAGUAGGUUUUAAGACAAGUCCAGUGUGAAAGGGUAGUUGAAGCAUUGUGUUUAGACAUCUGUUUUUUUUUUUAAUCUCAAAUAUUAGUAGCUCUUGAAUUAUCUACAACUGCCUAUUUAUUUCAAGUGUGGAUAUUGGGUUUCAUCCAGGAAGAAAAAAAUGGCAAGAGUGUUUUUAGGCAGUAUGAACCGCCUUAUUUUAGAGACCUAAAUAAAAUGGGAAGGGAGAAAGGCUGGUAUACUUUAUUAGUACUAAUUAUAGCACCUUCUUUUGUAUGAAAAUUGGAAUAGUGGAAAAAUAGAUUUAUAUUAAGUAGGGAAUAUCUUUGUUUUAAAAAAACAGCAUUCAUAUUAAUUUGAUUAAUCUGCAGAAUACUUGAUAAAUUAAUAUGUUACAAGCUUGUGACUAGAGGAUAAACACAGCUAUGUGCUAAUAUUUCAAGCAGCUGUGAGAUUAAAAAAAUUUCAUGGAAAAUAUUACUGAAAAAUGGAUACCUGAUCACUGUAGCACUUGUUAUCAUACAAUGAUACAAUGCAGUAUUUAUUGAUACCCUAAUAUAAGCUCGGGAUGGAAGUCUACAAUUUUUAGUUUUACAAGGAACCGAAACAGAUCGUUGUAUAAUCUGAAAAGGGGUUUCAGCUAUUGAUAGUUGAAGUUUUGUUAAGAUAAAUAUUGUUUGAAAGCUUUAUACCUGUUUACAGUUUUGAAAAAAAAUGCAGGCUUCAUUUUUCUUAUGUUCAGUGAAAACUGGCUUAAAAUAUUUGUAAAUAGGAUCAAGCAAAAAUACAUAAACUCGCACAUUAAAAAAAUGUGACAGGCUAACUUAACUGUAGCAAGUACAUAUUUACUUACUCUGUUUUGAAAAGUGAAAACUGAAGACUCUGUUAGAAAUUCAGAUUUUUUAAUUAACCCACUUGUUGAAAUUAUUGAAGUUAACUGAGCCAAAGUGAUUAUGCAUCCUCCAUAUAUUUAGUUAGCACUUUGUAACAUUAUAUACAGUUUACAGUACAUGUAUAAGUUGUAGCUAUAAACAUUUUGUGCCAUUAAAGCUCUCACAAAA